UUUCGGGGCGUGCCGCACGUUAAGAUGGCGGCGCCCUGCUCGGCGGCGCCAAUCCCCGGAUGAGCUGGCGGGCUGCGAUUGGUCGGCGGGAGUGACCCCGCCCCUUUCUUUGUACGGUGUCAUGGCGGCGCCCGCUCGGCCGGGCCGGCGCGGAGCGGCACUUCCGGUCCUGCGCGUUCCGCGGCCUCGGCCGCUCGGUGGCGGCGGCGCCGGAGGAGCUGCACGGGCCCGGCCCCGCUCGUGGCUGCGCCCCUCCCCCCUCCCGGUGCCCCCAUGGCCGCCCCCUCUCAGCCAAUCAUCGUCCUGGAUGAUGAUGACGACGGAGACCCCGCCCCCCAGUGCCCCUCCCCCACCCCUGCUGCCCCUCCCCCCCCGAACGGGGGCGGGGCCUUCUGGGAGGAGAACGAGCGGCUGUUCCAGGAGUUCCUGUCUCUCUGCGCUCCCCUGACCCGGGAGCACCCCGAGGUUCUGCCCUUCCUGAGCUCUCGGCACCUGCGGGCUCACCCCGACUUCCGGGGCUCGGCGGAGUUCCGGAACAUUCUGGGCCGGCUGCUGCGGCGCGUGCGGGGCCGGCGCCGCAAGGUUUACGUUUACAUCAACGAGCUGUGCACCGUGCUCAAGGCGCGGGCGCUGCGGCGCCGCCUGGCCCUGCGCUCCGCCCUGCCCGGUACGGACCGGUAUCCCGAUGGAGCCUCCCAGUUUGCCGAUGGAGCGUCCCAGUUUGCCGAUGGAGCCUCCCAGUUUGCCGAUGGAGCGUCCCAGUUUGCCGAUGGAGCCUCCCAGUUUGCCGAUGGAGCCUCCCAGUUUGCCGACAGAACAUCCCAGUGCCCUCCCAGUGCUUCCCAGUGCCCGCCCGCUUCGUCCCAGUAUCCCGAUGGAGCCGAGCCUUCCGGAGCCUUCUCCUGGCAUCCCCCGCAGCCCGGGGAGCCCUCCCAGUGUGCCACCAGUUCAUCCCAGUGUGCCACCAGUUCAUCCCAGUAUCUCACUGGAGAUUCAUCCCAGUAUCCCACCAGUUCAUCCCAGUAUCCUGAAGGCUCCUCCCAUUGUCCUGGUUCAUCUGAGCACCCUGGGGGCUCUUCCCAGUAUCCCGGCACUUCAUCCGGUGAUCCUGGUGUUCCAUCCCAGUGUCCCGGUGUUCCAUCCCAGUAUCCCGGUGUUCCAUCCCAGUGCCCCGGUGCUGCCUCCCAGUGCCCCGGUGUUCCAUCCCAGUAUCCCGGUGCUGCCUCCCAGUGCCCCGGUGCUGCCUCCCAGUGCCCCGGUGCUGCCUCCCAGUAUCCCGGUGCUGCCUCCCAGUAUCCCGGUGCUGCCUCCCAGUAUCCUAGUGUUCCAUCCCAGUGCCCCGGUGCUGCAUCCAACGAUACCAGUGCUCCAUCCCAGUACGCCAGCGCUCCAUCCCAGUGCCCCAACGCCUCCUCCCAGUAUCCCGGCGCUUCAUCCGGCAACCCCGGCGCCUCCUCCCAGUAUCCCGGCGCCUCCUCCCAGUAUCCCGGCGCCUCCUCCCAGCAUCCCGGCGCCUCCUCCCAGUAUCCCGGCGCCUCCUCCCAGUAUCCCGGCGCCUCCUCCCAGUAUCCCGGCGCCUCCUCCCAGUAUCCCGGCGCCUCCUCCCAGUAUCCCGGCGCCUCCUCCCAGCAUCCCGGCGCCUCCUCCCAGCGCCCGCUGCCCGAGGAGCCGCGCCGCGCCCGCGGCUCCCGGCGGCAGAUCCGUCACCUGGAGCACCUGCUGCGCGUGUACGCGGGCGAGAUUCGGCGGCUGCAGGAGCGGGAGCUGGACCUGGCGGAGCUGGACAGCGCGGACUCGCCGUACCUGCAGGAGAACCGGCUGAAGCGGCGCAUGAUGCGCAUCUUCCGCCGGCUGUGCCAGCUCAAGGAGUGCAGCAGCCUGACGGGGCGCGUGCUGGAGCAGCGCAUCCGCUUCCGCGGCACGCGCUACCCCGAGGUGAACCGCGGCAUCGAGCGCUUCAUCAACCGGCCCGACGCCUUCCCGGACUACUCGGACAUCCUGCGCGAGAUCCGCGGCGCCAGCGCCCGCCACGGGCUGGGGCUGGGCCGGCGGCAGAUGGAGAACAUGGCCCAGGAGGCCUUCAGGGAGGUGGGCAACCGGCUGCAGGAGAGGAGGCACCUGGACCUGGUCUACAACUUCGGGAGCCACCUGACCGACCAGUACAGACCGGGUAUGGACCCGGCGCUCUCGGACCCCGAGCUCGCCCAGCGGCUCCGUCGGAACCGGCGCCUGGCCCUGGCCCGGCUCGAUGACGUCAUCGCCCGCUUCGCCCAGCGCCAGGAACGGGACCGGGACACGGAACCGGGCCGGAAACGGAACCGGAGAGCUGGGAACAAGAGGAAGAAAGAGGAAGAGGAGGAGGAAGAGGAAGAGGAGGAAGAGGAAGAUGAGGAGGAGGAAGAGGAAGAAGACGAAGAAGAAGAAGAGGAAGAUGAAGAGGAGGAGGAGGAGGAGGAAGGAGAAUCCUCCGAGGCCGAAGGGCGGGUGAAGGUCAAGGAGGAGGAGGAGACCGAGGAGGAGGAAGAGGAGGAGGAGGAGGAAGGAAGAGAGGCCACGGCAGCGCAGGGUGCAGCCGAUCCGGGGGUCCCGGUGCUGCCCCUCCCCCACCCCGCGGCUCAGGAGCAGGGGGGGGGGUCCCGAGCCCCUCCCCCCCCUUUCCCAGUCCCAUUCCCAUUCCCAGUCCGAGUUUUUCCUGCUGCAAAUCCAACCCUUCCCCCUGGAGCCGGGGCGCUCCCCUCCCCCCUCCCCCACCCCCUCCCCUCCCCCCCACCCCCGCCCUGGGCGGUGGCUCCGAGGCCACGCCCAAAGCCACGCCCCCCUCCCCCCCCGCCCCUCUCCCCUCCCCCCCCCCAGGCCGAUCCGGGCUCCCGGGGGGGGCUCAGGCGCCCCUCCCCCCCCUCGCGCUGCCCCUCCCCCCUCAGCUCCACCUCCCUGGAUGGGGGAGGGGCCGCGACCCCCCCGGGACCCCCCCCCAAAAAACGGAUCCGGACGGAGCUGCCCGGGGGGGGCAGCCUGACGGUGCCCGGGGGGUGCUCGGAUGGGGAGGGGGAGGGGCAGGGUCUGGGGGCGCCCCCCUCGCCCCCCCCCCGGCCCAGCCCCCUCCCCGACUCCACCCGCGCCGACUCCCCCGGGGGGGACCUGGUGAGCUCCUCCCAGGGGAGCCCCCGAGGGGAGACCCCCGGGGCUGCAAGACCAGCGUGGGAACGCAGUGUGACCCCGAGGAGAUCAUCGUGCUCUCGGACUCGGACUAGCCCCGCCCCCCGCACAAACCCCGCCCCUUUCGCUCCCCAGCAAUAAACCCCGC